AUGGGCGACACGGAUCCACUGUUCGAGCUUCGCAAUUUGUUCCUCAUCGGCAACUACCAAGCGGCGAUCAAUGAAGGACUCACGCUGGACCACCUCCCCGAAGCAUACAAGGUGGAGCGUGAUGUGAUCAUCUAUCGUUCCUACAUCGCCAAGGGCGACUACAACAUCGUGCUCGAGGAAAUCAAGGACAGCAACCCGAAUGCGGCCCUCGUGGCAGUGAAGGCGCUCGCGAGCUAUCUCUCCAGCGAGCGCAACAAAGACAUCGUGCUCACCACGAUCAAGAGCUGGCCUAGCGAUCCUCGCAUGGUCAACAAUGACGUCGUGCAGCUGGUGAGUGGGUUGAUUUCCUUCUACGAGGAAAACUACGACGAGGUGUUCAGGGCUCUCCAUCAGUCCAGAUCGCUGGAGGGGCGUGCGCUGCUCGUGCGAGCAUUCAUCCAGAUCGACAGACUCGACCUGGCGCAGAAGGAGCUCGGCACCAUGCAGGGUAUCGACGAUGACGCCACCGCUACACAACUCGCCACCGCCUGGCUUGACAUCGCCCUCGGUGGAGAGAAGCUGGAGGAGGCGUUCUUCAUCCUCACAGAGCUCACCGAGAAGUGGAACUCGACGCCGCUCUUGCUCAACGGCCUGGCCUCAGUUCAUCUCAAGAGGCUCGACAAGCCCGACGAGCCCAAGAACGCCGAAAAGCUCCUCCUCCAGGCCAUGGAGAAGAACCCCAAUGACGUGGACACGUUGGUGAACCUGGUGGCGCUGUACCAGCACAUGGGCAAGCCCAAGGAAGUGGUCAACCGCUACCUCAACCAAGCGAAGGCGCGCACGCCCAAGCACCCCUACAUCAAGGAGCUCGAGCUGCUGGAGCAGAGCUGGGAGCGUCUUGUCUCUCGCUUCUCGCCCACACAGGCCUCCUAA